AGAGGCAUAAAUAAAUAGCCAUUAAGUUUCUGUCUAAAACGAUUAUUCCAACAUCACCAUUAAGUUUCUGUCUAAAACAAUGGGGAUGAAUUUUCUUGAUUUACCGGAAGAAUGCAUCGCCGUUGUGAUAUCUUUCACCAGCCCCUAUGACAUUUGCCGUCUCUCUGCUGUCUCUAAAUUACUUCGCUCGAUAGCCGACUCGGACGCCGCUUGGGAGAGGUUUCUUCCCUCAUAUUCUCGUAUGUAUAUCAAUAAUACUUUAUCUAGUUUUUCGAACAAGAAGCUCUUCCUUUGCUUAUGUGAAUCUCCUCUUCUCAUCGGCGAUGGAAGAAUGAGCUUUUGGAUGGAAAAGAGAAGCGGGAAGAAAUGUUGGAUGUUGUCUGCAAGGAAACUAGAAAUUACUUGGGUUGAUAGUCGUGAAUUCUGGAUAUGGAUGUCGACUCCGGACUCAAGGUUUAAGGAAGUUGCGGGGCUUCUAGCGGUGUGUUGGUUUGAAAUCCGAGGCAAGAUAAGCACAUCCCUUCUUUCCAAAGCUACCAUUUAUGGUGCUUACCUUGUUUUCAAAGAACAAGAAAUGAGAGCCUUUGGAUUUGAGUCUCUACCUUUGGAUGUAAGCUUUCGAUCCACAAGAACCGACGUUUAUAACGAUAGAAGAGUGCUUCUUGAGUCAGGAAUGCAAGAGUCUAGAGAGGAUGGGUGGUUGGAGAUUGAACUCGGUGAAUAUUAUGUUGGUUUUAAUGAGGAGGAUCUCGAAAUGAGUGUCUCGGAGACAAGAGAAGGUGGUUGGAAAGGUGGAAUCAUCGUUCAAGGGAUCGAGAUUAGGCCAAAAGAAGUGUUGUGAUUCAGUAACUCCCUUUGCAAGUGAAAUGUAGUUUGUUGUUUAAUAUAAAGAUAGCAAA